CAAGAUAAUUCAACUUUGUACUUAUUGUCUCGCAUGUUUUCAAAUGUUUAUUCAUGUGUAGAUAAUGUAAAUAUCACCAAUCUAGAACGCCAGUGCAGAUUUCAGGUGUGUCGAGGAAGUAGUUUCUUUUUUUUUAAUAUCGCCUAAAUAGAUCAAAAAUGAUCUUGCUGUCACCUGUUCAUAUCAUCGAAGGCUUUAGGAACUAAUUUAAGGAGUAUGUCAGUAUGGAGGAAGAUUUUACCACGUGUAACAAUCUCUUUGUGACGUCAGUUGUUGUGUCUGGGUUUGUGGAAAUCUCGGGUCCUUCUGGAAAGGAGUAUAUUUUUGUAAUUGACGUCACAUGGUCGGACAAUCGAACUUCAAGUGUGAAAAGGACCUACAGAGAUUUUUUGAAUUUUCGAUCGAAUUUGGUGAAUGCAGUCAAGCAUGUGAAAUAUGAGGUCACCAUACCUGCCUUACAAGGCUACAGAAUAUUUCGCCGAUACGAUAGGAAACUGGCGGAAGAGCGAGAAGAAGAACUACAAAAAUUUGUGUCCUUCAUUCUAAAAGGAGAUGCAAGGUUACGACAUUUAGCGACUGUUGCGGACUUUUUUGAACCUCAGCCUACAGAUCCAGUUCCAUAUCGAGCCCCACCAGAUGGCACCAGUUGUGACUCGGAUUCGGAAGACCCAUUCGCAGAGAACAUCUUUGACAGGAAAUGGAUGAAACACAAGUGAAUCAUGGAGACUUGAAGGACUUCUCUUUUAACAUUAUGAACAAUUUUACAAAUUAUAUCCGGUUUUUGCAAGAAGUGAAUCACUUGACUAAGUAACAGAUGCUUUGCUAAUACAAUAAUAAGGCCUUUUGAGAUACAAAACUGAAAACAUAGUCAGGCUUGAAAAGCAAACUGUGAAGCUAUUUAACGCGCAGUCAUUUUCAUUUCUUAAGAGAUUUUUUUGUAUGUCAAAAGUAUCUAUCAAUGUUAAGAAAAUAUACACUGUAUCAAAUACUCGUACAUUCACCAGUUGUAUACUUACUUUUUAAAGCAUUUACACCUUA